UACAAUUAGUACUGUGAAGAUACGUUUUGCUAUCUGCAAGUCGCCAAGUUAUUUAGGCCGUUGCCAAGUUGCAUUCAAAACAGCCCGCAGUAGAUGACGCAGGCCAAGGAUUGGUAGUUGUCUUGCAGUGGAGACAGCACAGUUCCUCGUUUGAUUUUUUUCCCUCAGUCUCUUCCCUUUAGUCGAUCCCAGGUUUUUCGUAUUUAUUGUUGUUGUUUUUUUCAAACGAAGCAAUGUAUCAAGCGUUAAGGAAACUUGUUUUCACUGACUCGCACUGCGCGAGCGAUGCGACAAUGAAGAAUUACGAAGAACUCUUCGAGAAGUUGGACACCAAUAAAGAUGGAAAAGUGGAUGUUUCGGAACUGAAAGCGGGCCUUACUGCGAUGGGUUUCACUCUUGGCAAAGGGGCAGCGCAGAAAAUCGUGUCUUCGGGAGACUCGGAUAAGGACGAAGGGUUAGACUUCGCCGAGUUCUCCAAAUAUCUGAAGGAACAUGAAAAGAAACUGAAGCUGACCUUCAAGAGUUUGGACAGAAACAACGAUGGACGUAUUGACUAUAAGGAGAUCCAGCAGUCGCUGGCUGACCUGGGUGUGAGUCUGACCCAGGAACACGCACAGAAGAUUUUGCAAAGUAUCGAUGCGGACGGAACGAUGACUGUGGACUGGAAUGAGUGGCGGGAGCAUUUCCUGUUCAACCCGGCCGAUAACCUUCAGGAGAUCAUACGCUACUGGAAACACUCCACAGUGUUGGAUAUUGGUGACAGUCUCACCAUCCCAGAUGAGUUCACAGAAGAAGAGAAGACCACUGGUUUGUGGUGGAAACAGCUGGCUGCCGGGGCGAUGGCGGGGGCGGUCUCUCGUACAGGCACCGCCCCCCUGGACCGAAUGAAAGUUUUCAUGCAGGUUCACGCGUCAAAGUCCAACAAAAUCAGCCUGAUUGGUGGCUUCAAACAGAUGCUUAAGGAAGGUGGGGUCACCUCUCUGUGGAGGGGGAACGGUGUCAACGUCCUGAAGAUCGCUCCCGAAACCGCCAUCAAGUUCAUGGCUUACGAGCAGUAUAAGAAGCUCUUGUCUUCGGAGGGAGGGAAAGUCCAACCUCAUGAGAGGUUUAUGGCCGGUUCACUGGCUGGAGCCACGGCUCAGACAGCCAUCUACCCGAUGGAGGUGAUGAAGACGAGGCUUACCCUGAGGAAGACCGGCCAGUAUUCGGGAAUGUUCGACUGUGCCAAGAAGAUUCUGAAGAAAGAAGGAGUGAAGGCGUUCUACAAGGGCUACAUUCCCAACAUCAUCGGAAUCAUUCCCUACGCAGGGAUUGACCUGGCCGUCUAUGAGAGCCUGAAGAAUUUCUGGCUGUCUCGUUAUGCCAAGGAUACUGCCAACCCCGGUGUGCUGGUUCUGUUGGGCUGUGGGACCAUCUCCAGUACCUGUGGUCAGCUGGCCAGUUACCCUCUGGCGCUGAUCCGAACACGCAUGCAGGCUCAGGCCUCCGUUGAGGGAGGAGAACAGGUGACGAUGACGAAGCUGGUGAAGACCAUCGUGGAAAAGGACGGCUUCUUCGGCCUCUAUCGCGGGAUCCUGCCCAAUUUCAUGAAAGUCAUCCCUGCCGUCAGCAUCAGCUACGUGGUCUACGAGUACAUGAAGACUGGCUUAGGCAUUUCCAAGUGAAGUGUGUGCGUGUACGUGUGUACACAUGUGUGCGUGU